UAAAUGUAUGAAAAUGUAAAUGUAUGAUAAUAGUAUUAAAUUAUUUAUAAUUAUGCUAACUUUUAAUAAAUGUCCGACCACAGCGCUUCUGGCAAUCGAACCAUCUCCUCUGAACCAGACGUCAUCGCCACUUGUGAUCAAUCAGAUUUAGACUCUGAUGGCGACUCUGAUUUUGACCUUCAUUUAUCUUCCGACGUUCCUCCAUCCCCAAAACAAUCACGCUUAGAGGAGAAAGAAGUAUCAAUAUUCAAUAUUGAUGUAGCAGAUGUAGCCGAGAGAAGAAGUGUCUUAACUGAGACCGAGAAGUACGACUUCUACUGUAAUCAUGUUUCACCUGGCCAGGAUUACAAAUUUCCAAGGGUAAAUUCACGUAGUUUUCGAUACCAGUAUCUCCAAAGGUACAAGUGGUUGAUAUACAGCCAAAAGAAGAACGGUGGGUACUGUCUCCCUUGUGUACUCUUCUCCAGAAGUAUAGACUGUCGCAAGGGUAAGGGAAAGGGUAAGGGAACAUUUGUAGAGAUGGCAUUUACAAAUUUCAAGAAGACCUACGAUAUUUGUGAUGCCUUCAUCGAGAGGAUGAGUAGCAGACAAGAGAGUGUGGUAGUUCAACUAAGAUCCGAAUUACGAGACACUAUUCAGAAGAACCGACAAAAACUCCAUUCAAUUGUGGAGACAAUUGUCUUGUGUGGUCGACAAAAUCUAGCCCUUCGUGGUCAUCAUGACAGUGGUACAGAUGUAGAAGGUGUACAGUCAGCAAGCAGAAACCAUGGCAACUUUAGGGCUUUGCUAGAUUUCCGAGUAUCAGCUGGAGACACCACCCUUGGAGAACAUCUAGAGAAGGCCGGUAGGAAUGCCACGAAUGCCACUUAUACAUCCCCUGACAUACAAAACCAGAUCAUCAGCAUCCUUGGUGACCAAAUCGGUGAGAAGAUCUUAAGGAAGGUUCGUAGCAGUGCCUGUUAUACUGUGAUAGCAGAUGAGGUCACUGAUUGCUCCAACAGAGAACAACUGUGUAUUGUCCUGAGGUAUGUUGACCCAGGGUCUUGUUUGAUCAGCGAGGAUCUUGUCACCUUUUUGGAAUGUGACAGUGGUGUUACUGGUUUAGCAUUGGCCGACAAGAUUCUCAGCUUCGUCUCAGCUUCGUCACACAUCACUCACAUCACUUGGAUCCAUCCAAAAUGCGUGGUCAGGCCUAUGAUGGAGCUAGCAGCAUGGCUGGCAAGACAAAGGGGGCUGCUGCUCGGAUUUCUUCUCAAUACCCUCUUGCUCUAUACACUCAUUGCGCUUCACAUUCUUUGACAUUCUUUGAACCUGGCAGUUGUGGCUUCGUUCUAGGAGACAGCUGUUCGUAACAUGAUUGGUGUUGUGAAACGAUUGUGUAUAUUUUUCUUUGCUCACCCUAAAUGCCAGAUGAAAUUGGAAGAGGCCAUACGAGACACACAGCCAGAAUCAAAGGUUCACAAGCUCAAAGAUCUCUGUAGGACCAUGUAGGACCAGAUGGAUUGAGAGAAUUGAUGCUCUUGACAGGAUCAAUAAACUGUACUCCUCCAUUGUCGCUUGCUUUGAGAGCAUUUCAGCCGAGGGUUCUCGCAUGUGGUCUCCAGACUCAUUCACAGAUGCAACUACUCUUUUGCUGGCUAUCACCAAUACAGAGUUCAUUAGCGCUCUUGUAAUCACCCACAAGUGCCUCCAGUACCUCAGGGGCCUCACUGUUAGCCUUCAGGAGGAAGCCAAAGACAUUGUUCAGGCUGUGUUCAGGCUGUGUCUGAGAUCAAGACCUUGACAUUAUCGCUCAAGGAAGUGAGAGAGAAUGUUGACUCCUACCAUAGUAAGUGGUUUGAAACAAUUUCAGCUAUGUGUAGCGAAGUAGGGACAGUACCAGCAAUGCCGAGGAUUUGUAGUCGUCAAAGGCACAGAGCGAGCACACCAGCAAUCAAUCCUUCUGAGUACUACAAAAGAACAAUCACAAUUCCUAUUGUGGACCAUCUUCUUGAGCUCGACAGGCGCUUUACAUCACACCAAAAAACAGCUUUACAAGGUCAAUACUUAGUGCCAUCAGUGUUGGUAACAGAGGACCUUUCAACUGUGGAGAGGGCAUCGAUAAAAGUGGGAGACCUUUAUGCCGUAGACCUUCCAGACGUGUCAUCCCUCAGUGCUGAGAUCCACACUUGGUACAUUAAAUGGAAAUCUGAAGAGAAAGAACAUGGUCUAAGUGCACUACCCUCUA